AUGGACACAACACAGUUGGCCGGCGGCGGAAGAGUGAAACGCAAGCAGUCUGGGAACAAGAACAAGACGUUGCCGUGUCCGCACUGCCAACGCCUGUUUGCGCGUCUGGAACACCUCCAGCGCCACAUCCGCACGCAUACCAAGGAGAAGCCGUUUGUGUGUGAGAUAUGCUCCAAGACGUUUGCGCGCAGCGACCUGCUGGUGCGACACGAGAGACUCGUCCACCCAGGCGAGGAAGAGCAACAUACCACAAGGAAGUCGCACAAGCACCAUCUCCAGAAUGCCAACAGUGCAAAGGAAGCGGCGGCACGGGUGCAAGCUCAGGUGCAACAGGCAGUGGGAGUUGACUCUGAUCCCAUGGACCUUACGCCGCAGCAGAAUCAGUCUUUGCUAUCACCCCAGGCGAGCGCGCACGAUGGGAGAGGCAUGAUGGAUAUGCUAGAUCCCCAGCUCAUGCAGCCUGCCAACGGCAUCAAUCCCGUCGAGGGUAUAUCUGCGCACCAUUCAUCAGCAAUCAAUGCGCCGUCGCUUGAUCCAUCCUGGGGCUACGACUUGAACCUUCUGUCGCAUGCCGCAAGCCAUGUCGCGUCAAGCGGCCAAGAUCAGUACAUGUCCGGCCUGCCUGUGACGCAAGAACAACUGAACGAGCCGAUGCAACAAUUGAUGCCUGCUGUCACCGACGGUCAGUACCAACCGAGAAUGCUGACCGAAGGUUACGGCCAGUCGACCUCGAUGUUCGAAACCCCAGACCUUGGCGAUCCCAUGCAAGACUUUACAGUAUUCCUAGACAGCGUAGGCCUUUCGUCCGAAUGGUAUGCCAACAUGUUUGGGAAUGAUCAGGUUGACAACUACAACUCCCCAACCGAGUUGAGAGGUGAUCACCUGAACAUAUCGAGGCCGCAUUUGAACGGUGAGCAUUCCACCGAUAGCAAACUCGCUGUUCCACAAGAAGAAACAAGCACUUUUUCACGAUUUGGCUCAAGAUUACCGUCCCUUCAACCAGAGUCGCGAGAUCCUGACUUCACUCGGCCAGACCCUCCGCGAAGCACGACGGUCGAAGAAGCAGAAGCCAAAGUGGUCAGAACCACCUGGGAUGUCUCUGACUCGGAUCGAUCCAUCUUUGCAUCGAGGCUUCAAGCUUUCGACAAUGUCAUGCCGAAGGGAUUCAUUCCUCCGUCGAGGCACUCGCUUGCACGGUACUUGGCGGGAUACGUUAAUGGCUUCCACGAACACUUACCGUUUAUUCAUGUGCCGAGUCUGCAGGUCGCAGCUAGUGGUCCGGAGCUGGUCCUCGCUUUGGCUGCCGUAGGGGCACAGUACCGGUUCGAAAAUAGCCGUGGCAUCGAACUAUUCUAUGCCGCCAAGGCCGUUGUGCUGGAACAGAUCCGGCGCCGUGAUGAGUCUUCGACGCCCCACUUGUGGAAUCGACCUCGCACUGGGUCGAUGGUGCAGUCGCCAGGAGGAGGGUUCGCAAAUCAGAGCCACUCGAGCAGCAGUCCUUUCCAGCAAGUCUCUCCAGAAGAAGCAAUCGCUGCAGACAGCAAGGAGCAGAUGGACUCGAUACAGGCACUGCUUUUGUUGACGGCGUUUGCGACUUGGGAGAGACAUGCUGAGCUGCUGCGCGAAGCCUUGGCAUUCCAAAGCAUUCUUGCACGGCUCGUCCGAGAAGCAGGUCUUACUAGUCCCGAGAUCAUGCAGUCACCAGAAGAGUUGACUUGGGAAGACUGGAUCCAGAUCGAAGGCGAGAAGCGCACGAAGCUGAUCGUCUACUGCUUCUUCAAUCUACACUCAAUCACCUGGAACGUGCCUCCGCUCAUCCUCAACUCCGAGAUAAAACUCAACCUGCCCGACCCGGCUAACGAAUGGAAAGCAACCACUGCGGAACAAUGGCAGAAACUACGGCAAGCCAAUGCCGCACCGCAAAUGCCUUUCCAAACAGCAUUCUCACGACUCUUCACCAAGCAGAAUCAAGCCACGUCCACUCCUAUUUCACCGCUGGGCAACUACAUUCUGGUCCACGCGCUCAUUCAACAGAUCUUCUUUGCACGGCAGCUCUCCCUGGCAUGGCCUGGUGUGGCUGGCUCGAGUCUCCGGAUGGAAGACAUCGCAGUCCUCGACCGCGGCCUUUCGUCGUGGAAAGCAGGCUGGAAACGUGCCCCGGAAUCCAGUCUCGAUCCGCAAAACCCCAACGGUCCUGUCGCAUUCACGUCUACUGCCCUCUUGGGCCUGGCAUACAUCCGCCUUCAUGUCGACAUGGGUCCGCUCCGCCAUUUGGAAACCCGAGACGCGACACAGAUUGCCAGCGCCUUGCUCAACACGCCGGACAUACGUCGUGAUCCACGUCUGACACCAGCGCUGUUGCAUUCGGCCCACGCGCUCUCAAUUCCCGUUCGCCUAGGAAUUGACUUCGUUGCCCGCACCCAGACCUUCUUCUGGUCAAUCCAACACUCCCUCUGCAGUCUCGAGUGCGCUUUUCUACUGUCCAAGUGGCUGUACGUCCUUUCCAACCUGAAAUCGUCCGGCGGCGCACCCGUCACCGAACACGAACGCAAACUGCUCCUGUGGGUGCGCUCCCUGCUUGACGAGACCGAGAUGACGGUCCCACUCAACGGCGAUGCGAAUGACCAUACCGUUCUGAACGAGUCGCGCGAAUUGCUCGACGACACGGAAAAGAUGAGACAGCUGAGCGUCGCGGUGGUGAGGGUGUGGAGCAAAACCUUCAAGGGCAAUACCAGCUGGGCGAUUGUUGAUAUGAUUGGCAGUGCGCUGGAGAUUUACGCGGAUAUUCUCGAGACGCAGGGCGAAAUGGCGGUGGCGAGUGGACGAUAG